AUGGCACCUGCUUUGGAGUCCAGCAAGAUCGCCUUCAUCGGCGGCGGCAACAUGGCCGCAGCGAUCAUCGGAGGCCUGGUCGCAAAGGGCAUCGACAAGCAAAACGUCACCGUCUCGGAGCCCUGGGAUGUGAACCGUGAAAAGAUGGCCGCCCUCGGCGUCAAGACCACCACAUCCAACGCUGAGGCCUUUGUCGGCGCCGACAUUGCCAUCCUGGCCGUGAAGCCCCAGGUUGCAAAGGGCGUCUGCAACGAGCUCGGCAAGGCCGUCUCGGGCCAGCAGAAGGUGCCUGUAGUCGUCUCAAUCGCCGCUGGUAUCACCCUCGAGGCCCUGCAGAAGUGGCUGGCGCUCGACGACGGCCGGUCCCCGCACGUCGUGCGUGUCAUGCCCAACACCCCUGCCCUGGUGGGCGAGGGCGCAUCUGGUCUGUUCGCGGGCAGCAACGUGACCGAAGACGAGAAGAAGUUGACCGAGUCCCUCAUGGCGAGCGUCAGUAAGGCGACGGAGUGGGUUGACAAGGAGGAGCUAAUUGACGUUGUCACAGGCUUAUCAGGAUCUGGCCCUGCAUACUUCUUCGCCAUGGUCGAGCAUCUCAUUUCCAGCGCCGUUGGCCUUGGCCUCUCCCCCGAGCAGGCGAAGCGCUUGGCCACCCAGACCUGUCUCGGUGCCGGCAAGAUGCUCGUCGAGUCCCCCGAGGAGCCCAGUCAGCUUCGCAAGAAUGUCACCAGCCCCAACGGUACCACACAUGCUGCUCUUCAGAGCUUCGAGGCAUCCGGUUUCCAGGAGAUUGUCAACAAGGCUGUCAAGGCUGCAGCGGAUCGCGGUGAGGAGCUCGGAAAGACUCUGGGCAACCAAUAA